GAAGAGCUGCGUUUCCGUCUGAAUUCGAUCACCAGCAUGUUAACUAAAAAAGAACAGGAAGUAGGCCGUUUGACUGAGGAACUGGAGAAUGCCAAGCUUCUGCACAGUGAACUCAUUGAGAAAAUUAGCUCUCUGGAAGCUGCAUUGGAGGAAAGUCGCAAAGAGGUAGCGAACAUUCGUGCUGCUGCUGCUGUUAUUAAACCUGUCAGGUAG